AUGGCGUUUUGUGACUUAUCAAUGGCUUUGAAUACCUUGCUUUUGCUUGCUCUGUUCGUCGGAUAUGGAGUAAAUGCUGUUUUUUUGCCAAAUGUUCAUCCGCAAACUUUUGAAAAGAACGAAAUUAUUCCUAUUCAGGUGAAUGUAUUGACAUCUGUGCGAACCCACGUGCCCUACGAUUACUAUGAUCAUUUUCCGACAUGCCGCCCCAUCGCGCCCCUCGGAGGUAAGGUGGGUAACAUUGGUGGAGUUCUCAUGGGGGAUCGUAUCAAGUCAUCCCCUUACGAAAAUAUUCGUUUGCUACACAAAUGUUACGU